UUCACCGAGAGGGAAAGCCUGUUCUAAUAUCGUAUACUGGUAGGAAACCAAUCUUUUCUCACCAGGUGGGGCCUGACAUCCCCGGUUUACCCUGCUGAAGAGUCGCUGCUGUGCCAUCCCUGCCCUCUUAAAGCCUCAAGAGCUGACUGGCAACAUCACCAUCUAUUACAAACAUAAAUCAUACGCCCUGUGCGUCAUGUAAACGGGCAACACUUGUUUGUUUUUCUUAUAAUCUCCAGUGAUGUGUUUGACCUUUUCUCCCCCUGGAAGGAGGACAAACGCUUGCUUUUGUGGGUGGAGAUUUUGUACGUUCGCCCAUCUGGAGGCAGCAAGCAACCCUUUGCUUGCAGAUCCGACAGUUUGCUGCCUGAUCUGCGAAAGCUGCUCUAGCCAGCAGCCGGGUGAGGCUGGAGAGCUUCGUGUAGGACCAGGUGGUGCACGGGGCUCCCAUAUCCGCAGCCCCCCCUCCUUUCCACUCUCCUCCCACUGCUGUCCAGAGCUGUCAACGGGGAAAGGAACUGGCUCAUCUACUGGCAUCAGGGGAGGCGAAGCGAGAACGGAUCUAACCACAUCCCUGAGCAAAGUGCCUGAUUGCCUUUCCCAGCCGCAGAUGACGUCGCUGUGACUUCAGCACUAGCGGGUCUGGACAGCUCCUGUCCAGGAAGCUAGCUGGGAUCUAUGCUGAGCCAGUAGGGAGGUGUCAGUACAACAAAGCCAGCCAAAGUAAGGGGCUGCAAGGACCCUCCCCUUGAUCUUGCUUAGCAGCCCCCUCCUCUCCUUAAGCUCCGCCAGGAAAGCUUUCUUCGAAGCCACUGCCGAAGCAGCCCAGAAGACUGAAGGUAGAGAAGGAUGUUUCAUAAAUUACCUGUCCUGGUACCAGUGCUGGCCUUGAUCGUAGGCCAGGUUCAUGGCUUCCCGAAGCCCGAGAGUGCCAGAGGAGAUAAAACCAUACACAACAGAGAAUUAAGCGUGGAGAGGCCGCUAGAAGAACAGAUUGCCGAGGCAGAGGAAGACAGAAGGAGCAAAAACAUCCUAGCAGAGAAUAAGCCAGAAUUCAGAAAUUAUUCCUUUGUUGAUGACUUGAACUUGCUCAAGUCGGCAGCAGAAAAAGAGAGGAAGGAAAAGGAAAGGGAAUCAAUCAGAAGCUCCCUGUAUGACCAGCAAGACGCCCUUGAUGAUGCAGAUUCCACCAAGAGUCGCAGGCUAGUGGAUGACUAUGACUCCACUAAAAGCGGUCUGGACUAUAAAUAUCAAGAUGACCCCGAUGGACUUCAUCAACUCGAUGGCACCCCGCUAACUGCCGAAGAUAUUGUCCAGAAGAUUGCCAUGAGAAUAUAUGAGGAAAACGACCGAGGAGUGUUUGACAAAAUUGUUUCCAAGCUUCUAAACCUGGGACUCAUCACAGAAAGCCAAGCCUACAUACUGGAGGAUGAGGUGGCUGAAGUGUUACAGCAGCUAAUUGCUAAUGAAGCCAAAGAUCGGGAAAAGGCGCCUGGAGAUCUUGAUUACCUUCCAAGCAGAAUAGAUAGCAAGGCUGAAGAAAAACAGGAGGAAAAAAUGGUGCCAAAAAAUAUGGACCAAGACGAUACCUUGGAUAACACUUGGACUUCCUCUAACAUGUUGGAAAGAAGGAACGAGCUGCCCCCUGAGGAUAAUUUCGAAGACCUCCAGUAUUUCCCUAACUUUUAUGAGCUACUGAAAAGCCUUAACUCAGAGAAAGAAGCCAAGGAAAAAGAAACCUUGAUCACGAUCAUGAAAACCUUAAUUGACUUUGUGAAGAUGAUGGUCAAAUAUGGAACCAUUACGCCUGAGGAAGGUGUUUCAUACCUGGAAAACCUGGAUGCAAUGAUCGCUCUGCAGGCCAAGAAGAAACUCGAGAAGCCCAGUGCUAAAAGCAAGCUGUCGGAUUGGUCACCGAAGCAGCGGACAGCACAAAAGCUUGGCAACAGCUGAAAUUCCAUUGAAUAUGAAACGCUGAAAGAUUCCACAAAAGCCGAAGAACAAAACACAGGAGACAACGAAGAGCCAAAAGGGAAAACAGAAACCUAUUUGGAAGCCAUCAGAAAGAACAUCGAAUGGCUGAAGAAACACAACAAGCAGGCAAACAAGGAAGGUAGGUUUGUGAGGAUUGAGAUACUUUACAAUCUUUCUAAACUGAGGGACUUCAUUGAUCAGCAAGCUGACGCUUACGUGGACAAGGGCAUCCUGGAUAAAGAAGAGGCAGAUGUGAUCAAACGUAUCUACGGCAGCCUGUGAGGCACAGAAAGGAGGAUGCCUCCUCGAAGCUGUAGGGAAUUCUAGUCUAGCUUCAUCCUCUUACGACCUUCAACCUGUUUUGUCUUUUUCUCAGUUUUCAAAGAGAUUAUUAGGAAGUGUUCUGUCUGCGUCGUAUUGAACCUUUUCCAGGUUAACAAAAAAAAACCACGUGUCAACUCCCCACAGUGACUGCACAAUAGUCUUUCCUGCACAUCCAUCAUCCCAUUUAAGGCAGACCUUUGCUGCCAACUUUAGAGUUAACAGGGUAAAACACUCCCUUUCCUGUUCCCUUUUGGUUAUUAUUUGACACCCGACUGCUCUACUGGAAAAGCCAAAUGUUUUUGAGGGAGAGCUCUCUUGCCCCAAAGACCACUCAUGUCACACUACUCAGUAGGAUCCAAGCACUGUGAGCAAAAGGGAGCGAAAGCCACUGAUACUGUUCUGCAAAUGCUUGCAGCCAGAGUUCUUGCAGUGCUAGGUUAGCCUGGUUCUGUUACAGUUCUUGUGCUCCUGCUUGUGGAAGCAGGGGUACCAGAUCUCGGACAAGCAGAACUCCUUUGGCCUUCCUUUCACUUGCUUGCACAAUGCACUAGUAGCGAGAGGUGUGCAGCACCCCUUCUGUAAGCAGAGUUCAGGAUCUGGCAAGGCGCUCUUGGAUCUAUCAAGGAGCAGCAGUGGCAUAGUGGUUAAGAGCAGGUGUACUCUAAUCUGGAGGAACCGGGUUUGAUUCCCUGCUCUGCCACCUGAGCUGUGGAGAAUCUGGGGAAUUCAGAUUAGCCUGUA